CGAGUAUUUCCACUCAUGUGACUCACCUCCAAACAGGAAGUGAAGUUGGGAGGCGAGUCUUUGCAGGAAAAAAGCAGUGUACUAGUAGUUCACCAUGUGGCGAGCACAAGUAGGAAGCAACGUUGUGGUGGACAACGGUGAUGAUGAUGACUGGGAGACAGACCCCGACUUUGUGAAUGAUGUAAGUGAACAGGAGCAGCGUUGGGGAGCCAAAACCAUCGAGGGAUCCGGGCAUCAUGAGUCCAUAAGCUUGGAUGCGCUGAGGAAAGGUGUGAGUUCCGACCACCAGAAGGUGAAGGAAAAGGAACUGGAGGAAGGUCCGAAAGCCUCGUACGGCUACGGAGGGAAAUUCGGCGUACAGAAGGACAGAAUGGACAAGGUGGCUGUAGGACAUGACCACAUUGAGAAGGUUGAGAAGCACUCCUCGGUCCUGGACGCAGCGAAGGGUUUCGGCGGGAAGUACGGCGUCCAGUCUGACCGCAAGGACAAGUCAGCGGUCGGCUGGGAACAUCAGGAGAAACUGGAGAAACACACGUCACAACAGGACUACUCCAAAGGUUUUGGUGGGAAGUAUGGUGUACAGAAGGACAGGGUGGACAAGUCUGCUGUGGGCUGGGAUCACGUGGAGAAAGUGGACAAACAUGAGUCACAGAAAGACUACUCCAAAGGGUUUGGAGGGAAGUAUGGGGUACAGAAGGAUCAUGUGGACAAGUCUGCUGUAGGCUGGGACCACAUCGAAAAAGUCGACAAACACGAGUCACAGAAAGAUUAUUCUCACGGCUUCGGUGGCAAAUAUGGCGUACAGAAAGACCGCGUGGACAAGUCGGCGCUCGGCUACGAACACCAGGAAAAGUUAGAGAAACACGAAUCGCAGCAAGAUUAUUCCAAGGGAUUCGGGGGGAAGUUUGGUGUACAGAAGGACAGAAUGGACAAAUCUGCCGUGGGCUACGAGGACCAGACCAAACCAGAACUUCACCCGUCACAGACGGACACCAAGAAAGGUUUUGGCGGGAAAUUUGGCGUGGAAACUGACAGGGUGGACCAGUCUGCCCAUGGGUUUGGAGAUGUGGAGAAACCCAGCUCUUCUUACCAGAGAACAAGGCCUGAAGUCCGUGGUGGAGGUGCUGGUAAUCUCAAAGCGAAGUUCGAGAACAUGGCAAAGGCCAAUGAGGAAGAAGCAGCAAAGAGGGUUGCAGAGGAGCGGUCACGUCGCGAAGCCAAGGCCAAGGCAGAAAAGGAGGCUGAACUAAAGAGACUGGAGGCUGAGAAAGCCAAGAGGAAGGAAGAAGAAGCUGCUCGUAGGAGAGCUAUGGAGCAAGAAGAGGCAGAGAGAAAGGCAGCUGUGCCGGAACCAGAACCAACCUACGAAGCAGAGCCCACAUAUGAACAGGAGCCUACAUAUGAGGCAGAACCACAGCAGGAUAUCUAUGAGGCUGAGCCUGAGUCAGACCCUGUGUACGAGCCUCCUCCUGAACUGCCCAGUCGUGGCCCUGCAAAACCAGAACCUGAACAGGUCUAUGAACCAGAACCGGAGCCCACCAGGCCAGCUCAGCCACAGUAUGAAGAAGAGGACGUGUAUCAGGAGGUGGGAGAACAGGAUGAUGCUAAUGACUAUGAGGCCCCACCAGAGGGAGAUGGGGAGACCUACACAGAUGUGGGCAGUCUCAGUAAAGAAAUCACUGCCAUCGCUCUGUAUGACUACCAAGCCGCGGCUGAAGAUGAAAUAUCAUUUGACCCAGAGGAUGUCAUCACCAACAUUGAGAUGAUUGACGAAGGCUGGUGGCGCGGGGAGUGCCACGGACAAGUGGGCCUGUUCCCAGCAAAUUUUGUGGAGAUCCGACAGUAGACCAAGUGUUCUUACCUCCCCUUCUACACAUAACCAUCUCUUGAAUGAGAUAUAAGCUAGAGAUAUGUAAUAUUUCUUUCAAAAAUAUUCUGGUGUCUUUCUAAAAGAAGGGAUGACUCUUUUAGCAAGAGGUUUGAUAUGAUAUAUGAAAUACAGAAAAUCUUAUUAAUAAGGGUAUUCCUUUUUUUUUAAGUACCAACUCAGAAAAACAUUGAUUAAAAGUAGGGCUCAUUUUGUAGAAUCAGAUGU